AGAGGUGGAAGAAUGGCCUUGUAAGCGAGAAAUUACUCAAUUUACGUUGCGUCCCAUUUCAUAAUUAUUUGCUUUGUGCUAGUGUUGUGAUGUGCAAUGUAUUAAGGAAACUUAUAAAAAUGGACGGAUACUAAGUUGUAUAAGGAAUAAACUUUAGAAAAUGUCAGUAUAAAUCUGCAAUAUAAAUCUGGGUAUCCUUUCUCGCUUAUGACGUCACUGAUAUAUACUUUUACAAACUAAUUAGAUUUCAAGAUGGCCGCGGUGACUACUCCGAAGCCUUAAUAUCAAUUAUUAGCACAUUAGAAUUAGUAUAGUCAGAAAAACAACUAAGAUUUCAACGGAAACUGAUUAAGUGCAAACAUUUACAAAAAAUGCAAAUUAUAUUUGGAACAAUUUUAUGUAUUUUAUUGAAAAGUUUAGUACUGACCAGAGCAACUAUGACGUUUAUGCCGAAAACUUAUACCACUUCAAACAUUCUUCAGAAAGAAAAUAUUUCCAUGUUUCCGGCUUUAAAUUUUACGCAGAAUAUUUCAAUGUCUGAGAAAAGUGAUCAUUAUAUACUAAAUUUCAAAUCUGAUUGGAGUCAUUCUGAUAAUAUGACUAUGAGAAGUGAGCGAGAAGUCGGUGGAGUUCCAUUUGCAAAUAUUUCUAUCACCCCAGAACCUAUCAAAAGCAGUUUGAGCAAGCCAAAAUCUUUCAGAGCAUUUGUACAAUUCGGCAAUCAAUUCACAAAAAAAAAUAUUUUUGUGACAUUAAGAUGGAACCAACCUAACUUUACCGAUGAAAUAAUACAAGGGUAUACGGUGCAGUGUUUUUUCAUCGAGGAUUUAAAAGAGAUUGAAAUCUGUGAGGAUAAAAAUAUCACCACUACAGAAUUGGAGCACACGGUUCACAAUCUAACAUUUAACACGACAUAUUAUUUUCGAGUACGUGCGCAUACUAAAAUUGUUGCUGGACCUUACACGGAUUUAAUCAAUGUAUCGACUACACAUGAAAAUCCAAUACCUAAAUUAUUAGUAAUGAAUCAAGAUAUCCAAAUAUGGGACGUGGAUGUAAACAACUUUACUACACUUUUAUCGCAAGAUCAGAUUAAAUAUUGGAACAGUUUCGCUUACUCGAUACAAGAACAAAGAAUUUAUUGGCAUGACGGAAAAGAACUAAUGACAUUGGAGAUUAAUGAAAAUAAAAUCAUAAAAAUAGCUAACUAUUUAAAUCUAUUUGGUCUCUGGAUUGAUUGGGUAACAAGAAAUCUGUAUUUUGUAAAUAAUAAAUAUGACGGCCAAUAUGUUUUAAAGUUUGACUUAACAAUGUGGGAAAAUGGCAUAAGUAAAUUUGAUGUGAUUUUGCAACUAAAAAAUGAUUUUGAAAUAAAAACCACCAGAGAUAUUGUUUAUGCAAAUAUGUUUCCGUAUGUGAGAAUUGGAUAUGGCCUAUUGUAUAAUUCGAAAAAUAUGCAAUUCGAUAUGAUAAAAUUUUAUCUCGAUGGAAAAAAUGAGCAAAUUGUUCCGAUAAAUUUGUCUAUUAUGUAUACUUGCGCACUUCAAUUGACCGUAACAAACAUCCUUCACUUAACGAUGAUUGAUGACGUGAAUAAUGAGAACCCAUUAAUUUACUGGUUAACUUCCAAUCACUUAAUUGUGACAGACAUUAACGUUUCUAUGUGCAAUACGAUUUUACACAAUAAAAACAUAAGUGAUGACACGUUCUCAUUCGCAACGAUUGACAAAACAUACAUUUAUAUUUCAACAAAUAAUACGGAUCGAUAUUUCUAUCGUUUGGAAAAGAAAUAUGCAAGUCUCAAUAGCGUAAAUGCAGACAAAUAUGUUGAAAAGAUAAUAAUAGGCCAACAAAAAAUUAACAGAGUUACAAUUUUUCCUUUUGAUCAAUCUUUUCAACCAUAUCCUCCAAUAAGAUGUCUGACACCUGACGAAAAAUAUGUGUAUAUUGAGCAUAUGAGUGCAACGAGAAACAGCAUCCUUCUAAGUAUUCAGAGGGCGUUUGUAAAGAAUGGAUGCGAAAAAUAUAAUUUAGCAACUACUAUAUAUACUAUCUCUGUAAGCUGUUUAGAUAACAAUCUCAACGAGUCUGAAAAAUUCAAUGUGUCAACGAGCGAGGAUUAUUACGAGAUUCAGGACUUAACACCAUUUACGGAGUACAAGUUGAAGCUAACUUUAAGCAGUUUUUACUAUGAUCAAUUAUCAAUAAAUCCAUCGCAUGAGACACAAAUGAAAACUAAAUCGGGCAAGCUUAAUGCACCAGAAAACAUAAGUGUUUUAGCUUUGACGCCUACUCUAGCAGUAGUUUAUUGGAUGCCACCCAAGAAAGUGAACUGCAUAGCCGUGACCUACGAAGUGCAUUGGAAGUUAGUGAACGACACGCAACAAAAGAGCAAACAAUUUACCAAUGUGUCGAAACGUAUGGCAGACGGCAAAUUUUUCACAAAGAUUAACUUGUCACUACCAGUACAAGAUUACUUGAUAUACGUACGUGUAUAUCCAACUAAUUUCAGUGAUUUCUACAACGAAAGUUUGAGCAAGAUAGUUUACUCAGAACCAAACAUUAUUAUUUUGAGCGAGGUCAACACAAAUAGCAUGAACAUUUCAUGGAUCUCAAACAUUAAUCUGACGAUCUUUCUUACACUACAGUAUAAAGAUAUUGCAGCAGAAGAGUGGCAAGCAAUGAAUUCUAUUAAAAUUAAUUAUAACCAAGAAGUACUAUACCAUAUUAAAAAUUUGCAAUCGGGAACUUCAUACAUGUUUCGUUUGAUAUUGAGAUAUCUCGAAUAUGAGGAAACUUUUAUAUGGCCGGCUGAUGAAAGAUUUAUUUUUUCAACACUUGAUAUUUCGGACAUUCCUGGAAUAGCGAAAAAAUAUUACUUAUUAUUGAUGUUAGGUUUUAUCGUUAUUAUAGGUUUUAUAGUUAUUAUAAUCUGCCUCUGCUACUUUUAUUAUUUGAAUCGUCAACGCAGAAGUAAUAAUGAACAAUUUUUGUCUUCAACAAUGACCGGUACAGAAAUGGAGAUUCUACCAGUACUUUACCGAAACGUUGAAUGCAAUACGAUUUACAAUUCUACGUUACAUUAUAAUCCGGAUGAAUGUGCGAUAACUAAAAUCGCACGUAAACAGAUUAUAUUUGGAAAAAUUAUUGGUAGCGGCGCAUUCGGAGAGGUGUUUCAAGGAAAGAUGAAGAACUUAGAAGGAUCGGACACAGAGAUAUCCGUUGCAAUAAAAACGCUCCGGAAAGAUGCUUCUUCCCAUGAGAAAAAGAGAUUGUUAAAGGAAGCCGAGCUUAUAAAUCGUUUUAGACACAAACAUAUAUUAAGAUUGUUUGGCGUUUGUUUGGAUGGAAUUUCUCCGUUUCUAGUGUUCGAAUUAAUGGAAACUAGUGAUUUGUCAAAAUAUUUGAGAGAUUGUCGAAAUUUGGAAGCGUCAGAUUCGCACGCUUUGCGUUUGCAAGAUUUGGUCGCCAUGUGCGAAGAUGUUGCGCGAGGUUGUUGCUACUUGGAAGAAUUGCGUUUCGUACAUAAAGAUCUAGCGUGUCGCAAUUGUUUAGUAUCUUCGAGAAAACGCGAGAAUCGUGUCAUUAAAAUUGGAGAUUUUGGACUAGCUAGAGAUAUCUACAAGGAUGAUUAUUAUCGCGUGAAAGGAGAAGAUUUGCUUCCUGUUCGCUGGAUGGCACCCGAAUCUUUGAUGAUUAAAAUAUUUACUUCUCAAAGUGAUGUUUGGUCAUUUGGUGUUUUAAUGUGGGAAAUUACAUCGUUGGGUGAGCAACCUUAUAUUGGCAAGGCUAAUGAAGAAGUGAUAAAUUAUGUACGUGCUGGAGGCAGGUUGCCGAUGACUCUUAACUGUCCGUCACCAUUGUAUCAGUUGAUGCUACGUUGCUGGAGUGCAGCAGAUGCUAGACCAAACUUCAAAUUUUGUUUGAAAAAUAUUAUAGCAUUAAGAACGAACAUAGAAGAUGCCUUACUGAGUCCAGUCGACACUAUUUAGCUGAUUUAAUUAAAUUAAUGUUUAUCUUCUUUUCCAAACGAUCAGAUAAAGCUUAAUGUAGGAAAAAUAUUUCUAGAAUAUUU